AUCGCUGCAGAUGCUCAGUACUCCAUACACCGAAUUAGGUCUGACCUCAUUAAACCCACACAAAGACUCAAUCGAAUGAAGGAAAGACUAGCUCAUGAACAGAACAACAAUACAAUAUUUACAACACAUGAAACUCAAAGCAUGCACCCAUGUAUCAAUAUCCAAACAAUAUCAUCAAACUAAUCGCAACAGCCCAGACCUUUACCAUCCCACCCUUGACCCUCAGGGUCUUCCCACUGUUCCCACGCACACACUCACCAUCUUCACAAUGCGCGUCACUAAAACAACAUUUGGUCCCACAGCAUUGGGUAUCCUUGGGACAAUGGUAGCCACUCUCCCCGCAGCAGAUUUCAGAAUCCGUAUCGUAGCAAGCAGAACGUCCGCAUUUGGCAUUUCCGGACCGGCAACAGGUCCCGUCAGACGAAUCGACGCAUUUACUCGAUAUGGGGCAGCAGGAAUCUCCGCACUAAUUGCAAGAUUAAAAAAUGGACCUUCAAGCCAUAGAGAUGACAAUAAGAUAGGGCAUACACAGGUAGCGAGGUUGGAGCAACAUCCUCGUCCACAGGAUUCUAAAUAUGUUAGGGCGGUUCGACUAAUUGUGGCGGUGGUGGUAAACUAGGAUCUAUACCUUCUCCAAUAUCACAGUCUCCUGCCCGAGAGAAGAGACUCUUUUCGACAGAGAAGGCAAACUGCGUAAUGUCCGCGAAAAGAAGGGAGUCAAGGCUAGCAUUGACAUACGCUGCGGGUGCUUGGAGGGACU